CUUUACUUAGGGGGCAGUUUUAACUAAUCGCCCUAAAAUUGAAAGCUUUCUUCUCUAGAUGGCCGGAGCUAUGGCUGUAGGCUCAACCCAAUCCACCAUUUUCCCGAAUCCAAUCUCCUCCACCGAAUCAAAUUCCACCUUUCUUGGUGGAUUCGCCUUAAAGUGUUUCCCACAGUCAAAAUUCAGAAAGGUUAACAAAUCUGGAUAUUCCGUCAAGCUCGUAGUCGCUUCCACCGGCGGCGGCGCCGCCACCGGAGAUGGGUCCGGAAGAUUUUAUCUUAAUUUUACUGGGUUUCCUUUUCCUCUUGGACCUUUCUUGAAUAGGCGUACUAUCAGGACUGAGGUUGUGAAGGAUUGCAUAUGGCUGUUUGAACAAGAACAAGCAUUGGGAUUCAGUAGUGUAUCAACAAACAUAAGAAUGACAGUUAUAAAGUUGAAAUCUGGUGGAUUAUGGAUUCAUGCUCCAAUUGCUCCAACAAAGGAAUGUAUUCAGCUUGUUAAGGAACUGGAAGCACCUGUAGAAUACAUUGUGCUGCCUACAUUUGCAUAUGAACAUAAGAUAUUUGUGGGUCCGUUUUCUAGGAAAUUCCCACUUGCUGAGACGUGGGUGGCACCAAGGCAGUGGAGUUGGCCUCUCAAUUUGCCACUUGAAUUUUUUGGGAUUUUUAGAGCUAAGAUAUUGAAAGAUGGAGAUUUGUCUACCCAAUGGAGUGAUGAGAUUGAACAGAAGAUUCUCAGUUCACCAGAAGUUGGCAUUGGUCCAUACGUUGAAGUGGCAUUCUACCACAAGCCUUCAAGAACAUUGCUAAUAACAGACGCUGUCAUUUUUGUUCCAAGAAAACCGCCAUCAUGCAUUAGCAAAGAAUCGUUGUUAGCGUCUGCAAAGAAUGGUUUGGCCGUAAAAAUUCUAAGCAAAGGAAAGGAAGUGUCCGAGGAACCAGUUGUGGACAAUGAAAAAAACAGACAAAAAGGCUGGGAAAGAAUGGUUCUACAGAUCUUGUUCCUAGGACCGUCGAAUCUUUUGGAACCCAACGCCACCUUCGCCCAAAUGUCGCAGAAGUUGAUCGUUUCGCCAAUAGUGAAGACUUUGGUUUUCAGCAAAGUUCCAGAAAAGGUGAGAGAUUGGGUUGAUGGGAUCACAAAAGAGUGGAGAUUCAAGAGAAUAAUACCUGCCCAUUUUGCUGCUCCUAUUAAUGCUAGCAGAUCAGAUUUCCUUGCAGCUUUUGCAUUCCUCGACGAUCUCUUGGGUGAACGAUACAUUACCCGAUCUCCUUCUUUAUCUACAUUGUUCGCAUCUCUAUUGGGUAAGGCCAGCAGUUACUUCCCACCAGAUGACAUGAGGACCUUAUCGUCUCUUGACGACUUUUUGGUCUCUGUUGGAGCUGUCAAGAAGACUGUCUCAGGCCGGAAAAGGUGACCCACAUUGGAGGAAAAAGGGGCCACAAAGUUAAAGUGUUUAUAGUGAAAGUUUUCUAAUAUCUAUGUGUUGUUUAAUGCAUUUGUAAUCAAUUUUACUUUUAGUUACAAAAAAUAAGCAAAUAACAGAGUUUAAUGUUUUUUACUGUUUA